AUGAGGCAGCAGCGGCUGCUGUCCUUCCAAGCAGACGAUGAGGAGAUGGGGGCCCCCACCCACCAGCUGCCCCCUCGCUGGGUAGAUGCCCUCGAAGAGCUGCAUGACGACCUCGCGCACAUAAAGGAAAGGAUGGGGCAGCUGCAGAAGGUGCAGCAGCGGCGGCUGCUGCAGUUAUUUUAUAGAUGCGAUAUGAAGCUACAGAAGCUUUGCCCCGCAGGAGGUACAGCAGCAGCAGCAGCAGCAGCAGCAGCAGCAGGCUCUGCUGCAGAUACAAGGAUGCAGCAGAACGCACAGAAAGCUGUUGCUGCUCAGCUGCAUAGCCUCAACCAGGCAUUCAGGCAGCAACAAAAGGCGUAUCUAGAAGAGAUACGGCGGAGGGUCCAUGAAGACGACUUGCUUCCUAAUGCCCGCGACUCAACAGCCCCCUCUCUUUCAGCUCAGCGGGACUUUAGCGGGGACUUGAUGGCGGACUUAGAGGUAAUUGAAUGCGACACAGAGGCGCGAAGGGAGGAGAUUGCUAAGGUGGCGCAGUCUAUGGUGGAGCUGCAUCAACUCUUUAAGGACAGCGCGACUUUAGUAGUAGAGCAGGGUACUUUACUGGACCGCAUUGACUACAACUUAGAACAGGUAGCGCAGCAAUCAGCUGAUGCAACAAAUGAAAUAAAAAAAGCUGAAGAAAGCAGACGCAGCGGCUUGGCGGCUAAAUGUAUUUUCUUUCUAUCUAUGACUAUCAUUGUCUUGCUCGUCCUGCUUAUAAUUAAACACACAUAA